UUGGAGGCCAGUCUGGGCUAUUUUAUAAAUGAAAAGAGCCCCUUCCUCCUCAGGAUGCUUGGCUGGUACUGGUGCACACUUCUGGAAGACAAGGGGUUAUGGCUCCAUUUUACAGAAGAGGAAAGGCGAGAUUCAAAGGCGCAACCAGGAGGACGGCAUCCCAGGGUCUCCUCUUCCAGGAAGCCUUCCCCUCCGCCUGGGACCCAGUGAGUCCGCCUGGGCCUCUGUUCUGCAGGCCCAGCUCUGACAGCCCUUGGGGUCCUGCGGGUCAGUUCGGUGGGAUCCCCUUCCAUCCGCAGGGCAGGCCUGGGGCUGCCUCAGGACCCCAAGGGCCUCCUGUCCCUGGAGCCAGACCCUCAGGGCUGCCCUCACAAGAUAAGUCGGCUAUUUUCACCAUUUCCUUCCUGCCACCCAAUCGGCCACUGUCAGCCGCCUUCCAGAGCGUUACCACCGCAGCCCCAGCCCAGCGGCACUGGCCGCCAAAAGGGAGCCCUGACCAGAGGCCUCGCAGUGUCCCCACGGGGGCUUCUGGGGACACCCACGCCCCAACCCUUCCCAGCCACCCGACUGUGCCGCCUUCCCAGGGAGGACCAGCCAGGCCCUGCGCCCUGUGGUCACCAGCCGCUCACAGCGACCGAGCCGCCUGCCAGAUGCCAACCUGGGCUCUGCUGGGCCUGCUCUGGGCUGUGGCCGGGGCCACCCAGGACUGUCCCGCUCGGUGCUCCUGCCAGGCCCUGGAGUCCAUGGGGCUGCGGGUGGACUGCGCGGGCCGGGGGCUGGCGGCCCUGCCCGCCCUGCCUGCCCACACGCGCCAGCUGCUGCUGACCAACAACAGCCUGCGCACGGUGCCCCCCGGCGCCUUCGACCGCCUGCCACAGCUGCAGACCCUGGAGGUGGCCCACAACCCCUGGCACUGUGACUGCGGCCUCGCCUACCUGCGCCUCUGGCUGCAGGACCACACGCCCGAGGCCCUGCUGGUCGCCCACUGUGCCAGUCCAGCCCGGGCCGCCCGCCGCCCGCUGGGCCAGCUGACCGGCUACCAGCUGGGCAGCUGCGGCUGGCAGCUUCAGGGGUCCUGGGCCUACCCGGGGGUCUGGUGGGACAUGGCGCUGGUGGCAGUGGCCACACUGGGCCUGGCUCUCCUGGCUGGCCUACUGUGCGUCUCCACAGAGCCCUGGCGCUGAACCCAGCUGGCCUGUGGUCACCUCCAGGUCAAGAGGUCGGGCCCGGAAGCAGCUCCCCACACCCCACCAAAGCUGGUCAGCACAAACCAUCAGAAUCCCGAAAUGAGUAGGGUUGGGGACGCAGCUCAGGUGGCAGAGCGCUUGCCUCACGUGCACAA